AUGUCAACCGCCUUAAUCAUCGGUGCCGGACCUAGAGUGGGUCAAUCCGCGGCAGAAGCCUUCCUAGCAGCAGGAUACAAAGUUGCGGUAGCCUCAAGGACUCAAAAGCUUGAUCCGAAGUUUCGGUUCUACGCCUUUGACGGCUCCAAGCCAGAAACUGUGCCGGCCCUUUUUGAAAAGGUUUCGGCGGACCUCGGCAUUCCAAGCGUCGUCAUACAUGUUGCUGCCUUCAAGGCGCAAGGCUCAACCGAGCAACAACCCUUUGAUUCCGUUGAAGAUAUCCGAACCGGGUUCAAUGUAAACACUCUCACUCCCUAUGUUGCUGCGCAGGAAGCUGUAAAAGGCUUCGAGAAGCUCGGUGCAGAGGGCCUCGGCCCUUCUGGAGGCACCUUUAUAUAUGUCGGAAACAUUGGAAACGUUACCGCUGUCCCUCUAUUCUUAGAUCUUAGCAUGCACAAGAGCGCGAGCGCCACUCUAGUCAAGCAACUUGCAUUGGCUGCUUACAACGAUAAACCAUGGAAGUUCUAUUACGUCGACGAGAGACGUGAAAAUGGAUUAUACGUACCGCGUGGCCUUAGUGGUCCCGGUCACGCCGAACUAUUCUUAGAUUUGGCGAAGGACGUGAAGCAGAGGCCUUGGAGCCAAACUUUCGUUCCAGGAAAGGGAUAUGUUGCAUUUGAGCCUAAGGAGUACUUGCCUUGGGAUGUCAACUACUAA